AAGGUUUUAGCUAAGUAAUUAACAGUUAUUAAUAGUGUUGGCAGAGUCCUGAAACGAAGACUUGUGCAACGCCAACUAAAAAAGCAACCGCUUACUGCUGGAGAUAUUUAUGAAGUAUAAAGUAUAGCCUGCGAACGUAAGGGCUCGGAUGCAGCUAUCCCGUCCGGGUCUGGACCUCCAACAUCACCAUGACGCGACUUGUCUUGUUUGGAUGAGGACAAGGAUGUUGAAACCCGAAAGCUAAGGAAGCUCACCGGCUUGCCAUCCUACCAUUCGGGAUGCAAGUCCUGAAAGAACCUCUCUUCUAUUCAAGCAUUAGGUCCGGUGUGGAUGGGGAGGUUGAGGAUGACAACGAAUUACUGUUUCAGGAACAGAAGUCUUGUCGUGCUCGUGCCCGCAAAUUCUCCUUGGAAACAAAUCGACGCAGAAAGGCUCUGGAAGAGAGGAGAAGGCAGUGGGAUGUCCAGGAGCAGUUACUGCGGGAGAAUAUUUUGCAGCAGCGCAAGCAGAGAUUACUGGAGGACACAGAGCGGUUUCAAAGAGCACACCUCCCACCUUCACAGAAGAGGAGACCAGCCUCUAGUAAAGCAGCAGUCAACUUGGAUGAAGCACUCAGUCAUAUUCACGGGGCCUUGGGCUCAUAUGCUUAUCAGUCUUCAUUCUUAUCUAGUGCCUCCAACCUUAGCAGGAGUGGCACUUCCUCAGCGAAGCCACCAGGGGGCUCUAGUGGCUCUCGCAACCUUCGAGCGCAUUCUGCGGCUGAAACCUAUGUCAAGCUCGUGCAGGAGAGAAACUCAGGUGACUUUAGGACCAGCCAGCUGCAGGAGGCCGAGCUUCCAGUGGAGGACUCUGAACAGGCCCGUCUACAGGAGCAUAAUGAUGCUGUCUUUAGCUGUACAGAAAGCCUUUCUAGCCUGGAUAGCCUGGAGCCUGCCCCAGAGCUUCUCCAUAAGGUCCAUGGUGACAACCCCACCUGCUGCCCUAGCUCCUCUCUGGGACUGCUGGAGGUCCAGGAUGCCAAGAGACCCUCAUCACCCCAGGGGCGGCUCAACUGUCCAUCAUCCAACAAUCCACCAAGGAGGUUCCUGGAGGAGGUGUUAAGUCAGCAGGGCAUCCCCUGUUCUAGGCCACUAUCGCCUGUGCUUAGAGAUGAUGAGUCAUCGGGUGAAGAGCAGAGCGUCCAGGAUCUCACACAUGCAGUGGAGCAGUGCAGCCUGGCGGGGCAGUCCCAGGGCCCCUACACGCAGGCUACUCCCAGCCGUCAGCAGGACUCGGGUGCUAACGCAGGACAUAUGACUUCCUCUUAUGGCUGGGCUGUUCAAGGGAAUACUGAAAGAGACAAAGGCUCUGUAGUUACCCCCUGCAAAACACAGACCGCACCAGAUACAACACCUCUGGAAUUCUCCAGGCUGAUUCAGGAGUCAAACUCUUCCAUCCCGAUGAAAGCACCGGAGGGGAAACAUGCGAAACAUCCACCGGUGACGGAUGCUGCCUGCAGAUAUGGAAAGGGAGAGGAUUUAUUCUGUGUCUCUUCUGGCACUGCUGCCAGUCUAAAUGCUCCAAGUGUUGGGAACCCAGCCUUACUGAAAGCAGCAAUGGAUGGUUCUUUCCAGUCCCAUAGGAGUGAAACAGAUGGAGAUGGCAUCAUUUCCAAGAGAGAAGCCAGACUCGAGAGCUAUGUGGAGAGGUGUAAAAGAGGAGAUCCUUUGGUUCCAAUUGAUGAAUGCACUGAUGUGCGAGUGAGAGAGGCUGCUAUUCCCAAGUCUUCCAGUACCACAGAAGAGCCAGAGUGGAUGUCAGCAAAGUCUGUGGCCAGCCCCCCAACCCGCCGAAGUGGUGACGUGCGCUUCCUCAAAGGGAUUCUUAAGAAGCAGUCCAAGUAUGUGACAAGAAAUGUCAAACUCUCUCAUAGGCCAGAGCAUUUCGUUUUCACCAGACAAGUAGCCAUGUCUAUCAGAGACAGCAUGGAGCUUGCCAGGGCGAAGGUCCGAGAGCCAGACAGCAACGAGGGAAUGAAGAAGAAACUGCGCUGGUUUGACGAGGUGAACGGCAAUGAGGAAGAGGAUGAGGGAGGAGUCGGAAGCAAGCCUCCAGCAACUAAAAAUCAACUAAAUCGUCCACCUCAACAGCCUUUACCAGAUCACCUGCAGGGACCAUACCGCUCAGCCUAUCUAAACGUACCCACAGCCAUACCAAAGACCAGUAUGACUUCCACUGGACCAGACAGCACCAGGCAGGCCUGGGCAGAUGGUGGAUACCAGGAGGGAAGGCAGCAGGUGCGAGAGGAGUCCAGGCCCAAGAGAGCAGCUCCUCAUGUGGCUGCACCCCGAGUUAUCCGGAGGGUGCGCUCAGGCCACGUUUCUUCUCGGGCCAGGAGGGGCACCAUAAUCAGGCCACAGUCCACUAGCGAGGCACAACACGUGAUCGCAACCCAGGGGGUGACCAUGGUGCCUCGACCCCCUCCUCGAUCUGAGGUGGUGGAGGAUGGCUCAAACAAGGCCCUCUUAAACAUCACCAGGACAGCUUACAAUGAAGACUGCCCCACUGGCAAACCGGGGCUGGUGUCAGAGGAGGCUGCUUGUAAGAACAGUCUAGACAGUCAGCCUCUACCUCUGCGACAUGUCCUCCAAACAGAGGAGGCCAGUCCAUUUUCCCCAGCACAACCCUCCUAUGCCUACACAUACGAGACAGUGGCCAAAGGCGUCUAUGCCCUCUUCCAGUCGAACACCGAGGUAGGAGGCGCCAAGAGUGGGCCCCCAUGUGAGAAGAACGGCAUCUGCUUGGAUCGCACACCAACAGAUGAGGAGAUCUCACUGCUGUGGCAUGGAGUUCGUAGUGCUUUAGCCAGCAAAGAUGGUGAGCCUCGAAGCUUCCUGACUAAUGGCCCGUUGUCUGCUUCUGCUCAAGCCCGUGCCAAUUUGUCCCAUGUUGCUGUCAGUGGCAUCAAAGCAGUCACAAGAAUGGGGGGCAUUUUUCUCACCCCUUCCAACACGAGGACUCCAGUGAGGAGACCUACUGUGGAGAAUACUAUGGUAAAGAGCAGAACACAUAUUGAUCAUGGCAGGAGCCAAGCUGCAGCACCAGGGGACAGGUGCAAGUCUCGUUUUUUUUAUCAGGCUAUAGUGCCAAUAAGUGGAUACAAGACUGACCAGAUAGUGCAUGAUGAAGGCCCAGUAGUAAUGGAGAGCGAUGGGCAGGCGGCCCUGGACGUGGCUCAAUCCCAGAGGGCCGGCUUGGUUCAGCAGAAGCGAGGCCAGGCGUUCGGCCUCAGUGCCCUCUCACUGGAGGAGCAGAAGCUCCUGCAGUCCCUCGACAGGCUGAACGAGCGCCUGCACAAUGUGCAGGAUGUGGCUAUGUGUAACGCUGCACUCAAGGGUGUCUUUGCCCUGGACCCUGCAUAUAACCAGUCGCCCCAGCCAAGUGAGGCUUUGGGUGUUACCCUGCACCGAUACCAUGUGGGCUCAGCCGACAGCCGCUCCCGCACUCACAGACGCUACUGACUUCAGCUCCCAGAAUGCACCUCUCUCUCUGCCUGCUGCUGGUGGCCUGCCCCUUCCUCACAAGCACUUUAUCAUUUUAACUUACACCAAAUCAAACAGGCAGGCAGUAUUGCUGGGCAGGAUAGUUUUUGAAUCGAUUGUCUUUGUAGACUUUUGUUUAGAUUGAAAUUUAUAACUAGGCUGCUGUAAAAUAACAGCCAUAUAGACCAUAUUAAAAACAAUAUUUACAUUUGCUUGAGAUUAAUGAAGAUAAUUUCAUGUGUGGUUUGCUCCCUAGUUAGUACAAAUCUUAUUUUUGUAUUUUGAGGUCAUU